GCUGCCGCUUUGAACCUCCAAACAAGAGGAAAAAAAAAAAAAAAAAAAAAAAAAAAAAAAAAAAAAAAAAAGAAAGAAAGAAAGAAAGAAAACCCUUUGCUCAACUCUCAACUGCGACCUACCCCGCCCUGGAAGUCAAUAAGGCAAACCCACUACGAAUACUCUUUUUUACUUUUUUUUUCCUUUAAUUAAUUAAUUAAAUCUCAAUUAUUAUAAUGCAUGAGAACGCACGAUAUAGUAACCAAAUAACAAUGGCCAAUAAUCACCAUCAUCAUCCGUCGUCAGCAACGCCACCACCAAUCUCUGCAGCCUUUCGUAUGGCGACCUGGGGAAGCUCCGAAUACUGUGAUAAUUUCCUGUGUGGGUUUGAAGAAAUACAUCGAAAUUAUAGUGGUUUUUCUUUCUAAGGAUGUAUCAAUCAAAAUCUUGGGUGUACUCGUCCGUUCUGGUUCUGUGCUUGUGUUUUUCUUUACUACAUGUUGGAGCGCAGAAUGGCAUUACUGACCCUGUUGAAGUAAGUGCAUUGCGGGAAAUUAAGAAGAGUUUGAUUGAUCCCAACAAGAACCUGAGCAAUUGGAAUCAAGGCGAUCCGUGUACUGCGAAUUGGACGGGAGUUUUAUGCUUCAAUUCAACUCUUAAUGAUGGUUAUCUACAUGUCCGGGAAUUGCAACUAUUAAAUAUGAACUUGUCAGGAGCUCUAUCACCACAGCUUGGUCGUUUAUCUAACAUGGAAAUAUUGGACUUCAUGUGGAAUGAUCUAACUGGAAGUAUACCAAAAGAGAUAGGCAACAUUACAUCCUUGAAACUCCUGCUUCUGAAUGGAAAUAAAUUAUCAGGUUCCUUGCCUGAAGAGCUUGGUAAUCUUUCAAACUUGGACAGAAUACAAAUUGACGAGAACCGGAUAUCAGGACCAAUACCUAAAUCAUUUGCCAACCUGGACAAAGUAAAGCACUUCCACAUGAACAACAAUUCCAUUAGCGGGCAAAUCCCAUCUGAGCUCUCCAAGUUACCAGAACUAGUUCACUUCCUACUUGAUAACAACAACUUAUCUGGGUAUCUUCCACCAGAAUUCUCCGAACUUCCAAGCUUACUUAUUCUUCAAGUUGAUAAUAACCACUUUGAUGGGACUACUAUUCCGGAGACCUAUGGCAAUAUGUCUAAGUUGUUGAAGUUGAGUUUGAGGAACUGUGGGUUACAAGGACCAAUUCCUGAUUUGAGCAGGAUACCAAAAUUGGGUUAUUUAGACCUCAAGUCAAAUCAGCUUAAUGGAACCAUCCCUCCAGAUAAGCUUUCUGAUGAGAUCAAAACUAUCGAUUUAUCCAACAACAAUCUUACGGGAAGUAUUCCUUCCAGCUUUUCAGAACUUCCUCAGCUCCAAAAACUGUCUGUUGCAAACAAUUCCUUAAAUGGCUCGGUUUCAUCCAAUAUUUGGACGGAUAGGACUCUCAAUUCGACGGAAAGCCUGAAAUUGGACUUUCAGAACAAUAGGCUUACCGAUAUUACAGGCAGUACGAAUAUCCCUCAAAAUGUCACCGUCUCGCUUCGCGGGAAUCCAGUAUGCGACAGCGACAAUACCAGCCUAGUCCAGUUCUGUAGACCUGAAAAUGAAGAUGAAAAUAAUGGAACGGUGUUGACAAACUCCACUACUAACUGUCCCACAGCAUUAUGCCCAUACCCUUAUGAAAUUUCGGAGACAUCUCCUGUUAACUGUUUCUGUGCUAUUCCUUUGAUUGUUGAUUACCGGCUAAAAAGUCCUGGAUUCUCUGAUUUUGUUCCUUACAAAAGCGAAUUUGAGGGGUAUCUCAGCUCUGGUCUCGUCUUACAUCAAUAUCAGCUGGAGAUUGUUACAUUUGCAUGGGAAAAGGGACCUAGGCUUAGAAUGACUUUGAAGCUCUUCCCUGUGUAUGUUGAAAACUCCACUCAUACCUUCAAUACGAGCGAGGUUCGAAGAAUCACAAACCUGUUCACGGGUUGGAACAUUCCAGAUAGUGAACUGUUUGGACCUUAUGAGCUCAUCAAGUUCACUCUUUUGGGCCCUUAUGCGAAUGUGUUUUCUUCCAGUAAGGGAGAGUCCGGUAUAGGCAAAGGCGCACUGGUUGGGGCGAUAGUUGGGGGAAUUGCUGGUGCAACUGCAUUAUCUGCAAUUGUUUCUCUUCUUAUCUUGAGAAUGCGCAUGAAGAGGAACUAUCAAGCCACUGUGAAAAGGCGUCAAAUGUCCAAGGCCUUCCUUAAGAUUGAUGGUGUCAAGGAUUUCUCUUAUAGUGAAAUGGCCUCGGCUACAAACGACUUCGACAGCUCAGCGCAGGUUGGCCAAGGAGGUUAUGGAAAGGUUUAUAGAGGCAUUCUUGCUGAUGGCAAGGUUGUGGCCAUAAAGCGUGCGCAGGAGGGAUCAUUGCAGGGUGAGAAGGAGUUCUUGACGGAGAUAGAGUUAUUGUCACGUUUACAUCACAGGAAUCUUGUGUCCUUGAUUGGAUUCUGUGAUGAAGAAGGUGAACAGAUGUUGGUCUAUGAAUUUAUGUCCAAUGGCACUCUAAGGGAUCACCUUUCUGCAGCCAAGUCCAAAGAACCUCUGAGUUUUUCUCUGAGAGUGAGAAUUGCCCUGGGAUCAGCCAAGGGCAUCCUUUACCUGCAUACAGAAGCCAACCCUCCUAUAUUCCACAGAGAUAUCAAGGCCACCAACAUUUUAUUGGAUUCUAAGUUUACUGCAAAGGUUGCUGAUUUUGGCCUUUCCCGACUUGCCCCCGUUCCCGAGAUCGAAGGGAAUGUGCCUGCGCACGUAUCCACAGUAGUGAAGGGCACGCCGGGUUAUCUAGAUCCUGAAUAUUUCUUAACUCAUAAAUUAACCGACAAGAGCGAUGUUUAUAGCCUCGGCGUUGUGUUUCUCGAGCUCUUAACUGGGAUGCACCCCAUUACACAUGGGAAAAACCUUGUUCGGGAGGUGAAUUCUGCAUUCCAAUCCGGUACUAUAUUCUCGGUCAUCGACGAGCGAAUGGGAUCUUAUCCUUCUGACUGUGUGGAGAAGUUCUUGUCAUUGGCCCUCAAGUGUUGCCAUGAUGACCCGGAUUCAAGGCCUUCAAUGGCAGAGGUGGUCCGACAACUCGAAAACUUAUGGCUCAUGAUGCCGGAAUCCAACACCAAAUUGACUGAAGAAGUGAUCACUGCAAAAGCUGGGAAGGAAGUGAGUCCUCCAUCUUCAUCUUCCGAAGUAAAGAAUCCUUAUUUGUCCUUAGAUAUCUCUGGUAGUAACCUUGAUAGUGGAGUCAUUCCUACCAUUGUACCAAGAUGAGAAACAUAUUGGGAAAUUGUGGUGCCCUGGAGGAUCUUGUUUGUUUGACUGAUAUGUUCCUGACAUGUUUCGGGAUUAAUUUUUGUGUAUAUGAUAGGAUAGUUAAGAUUAGUACAUUAAUGGAUUAUUUGAGUGUAUAAACUACUGAACAAUCAAAGGGAUUUCUGAUAAUGAUAUUUGGGUUAGUGGGGAAACAAAUAUUCUCAAUUCUAUGUUUCCAUGGGAAUUUUGCGGUUUAGUUGAGAAGGGAACACUUUCAAAUUUUGGUUGUGCAGCUUUACUUUGCUUGGUCAAGCCUUGUCUUGUAAGUUGUAAUGUUGUGAAAACGAAAUAACAACUUGAACAUCUAUUCCUUGAG